AUGCUGCAAAUAUCCUGCGCAGGAUUACCUCGCGAGAUUGGUCUCGAACAUGGCCGAAAAGCCGCCGCCCUAAUCCAAGGCAGCGUCAGUUUCUAUAGCAAAUAUUUUGUGGAAACUAGCAAGAUGGACUGGGAAGCUGCCUGUGCUACCGCCUCAAAGUUUCUCCCGGUCCUUGAGCAGCGAGCCCCAGACUUAGUUGAAGAAAUGCAAGGUAUCGCCGAGGGUUCAGGGGUUCCAUUUGAGUCUAUCCUGGCUCUGAAUGUGAGAACGGAGAUUGCAAUGGGUCUCAUGAAUGAUGGAUGCACAUCAGUCGCUUGGUGUUCGGAGAAGUUCAGUGUAGCUGGACAAAAUUGGGAUUGGAUGGAUGCCCAAAAAGACAGACUAGUCAUACUACACAUCAAGUCAGCAAGCAGGCACGGCACAACCAAGCCUGCAAUUAGUACCGUCACUGAAGCCGGCAUCGUGGGUAAAAUCGGGCUGAACAGCGCCGGCGUCGCAGUCUUUCUGAACGCCAUUUUCGCCAAAGGCGUCAACUACAACAAGCUACCAGUGCAUAUUGCCCUGCGAAGUGCACUGGAAACUCGGUCUCGUGCGGAUGCCGUCGCACUUUUGGAAUCACGAGGCGUUGCCGCAGCUUCACAUAUUCUCGUUGCUGGGGAUGGCGCGACAUCACUCGAGUUUAGUGCUACCGGAUCAACUCGAUCUGAUACGAAUGAUGGUUAUUUAGGCCAUACUAAUCAUUAUGUCCGUGAACAUGGCGGUGAAGAUCUCAUCAAGAUGAAGGAUUCUGUCCCUCGUAUGGCUCGCGUUUCUCAAUUGAUGGACGAAGCAGCCAUGACUGUGAAACAAUCCCCAGAUAUAUCACCUAUCACAAUUUUAGGAAAUAUCCUGAAAGACGAGCAUGAUUUCCCAGUGUCCAUCAAUAGACAGAGUGCUGGUGACAAUCCUGCGUCAACCCUUUUCACGAUUUUGGUCGACUUGAGGGCGAAAAUCGCGACGGUGAAUCUGGGGCGACCAACUGAACCCGAAGGCACCUGGAUAUUGGCCCCUGUUGAAUGA